AUGACUGGCAAGAAUUCGAAGAGCAAGAAAUCAAAAAGCAGUGCUAAGAAAGGUGCACACCAGCAAGCAGCGACUCACGUGACUCCACAGAAGAAAAAUGUUCCCGAUUCGGCGUCAACAGAGAAAUCUCCUCAGCGCACGUUCCAAGGUGAUGAGAAUGGUGGAUUAGAGCAAGUAGGGCCAUCAUUAACAAGUGGAAACGUGGAAUUUGGUUUCUAUGGCGAGGAUCCGGUAGAACAAGGCAGUAGUUCCAGGCCUGUUAGAUUAAGGGAGCCGAACAAAAGAAUAGAUGAAUUGGAAGUUCGAGUCGAGAAAGCGGUUCAUGCGAAGCGUCAGCGAAACUGGUAUCUUGGAGAACUGCGGAAACGGCGAAAUUGUGUACAAGAAUUGAUUUUAAGCCCUAGCACACAGAUAAGUGGAGUGGAAGCCGAGAUUUGCAGUUAUCAGAAUGAACGAGAAAUGAAAUUACAGUUAGAAAUCCUCAUAAAUCAGUGGAGGAAAAAGGGAGUAGGUACCCCUCCUUCUGAAUCUGGAUUGAGCCAUGGGUCUGACAAGAGCGAGAGAAGUUGUGUGUCAAAUAGAAGCAGUGUUAAAGAGAAGAGAAGGGUGGCGGUAGAAGCUGAAUUGGAAGUGCAGACCCUAAAAGAAAAGCAGGAACUAGAAUGCAAAUUAGAAGAAGUAGAAAGAAGUAAAGCAGAGUUAAACAGGAAAUUAGAGCUGUUGAGUGCUAAAACUAAGAUGGAGCAGGCGGAAGUUGACUUAUUGCUGGAGUGUGGCGAAGAGAAUGAAGCGAAGGAUGGGAUGAAUGAUUACUUAAAGGAGCAUGGUGCCAAUUAUCCUCCUGCGAAGGGGCAUUUGUCACAGCCUGUUGCGGGUGGUGCCACACCCUCUUCAGAAUCCCAGCCAGUUGUUGACAAUGGAAAAAUGCAAACAUCUUCAGCACAAGAUAUUGCCCAAACUUCACUUUCAUCAUUGGUGACUGCGAGUUACGUAACAUCAGGGUCAGCGGUCACGACUUCUGCUCCAAAUGUAGGAAGAGUAGCAAUUCACAAGACGAGUUCUAGUAGUUUAACUACCCUGGCUCCAAGCAUCUGUACUAAGUCCAGCACGCCUAUCAGUUAUGCACCUCGCUUUAAAUUGGCAAGGGCAACAUCCACAGCUGUUGCGGCAUCACCAAUGUCGAUGCAUCAAUCACCAGGAAUGCCUACAUGGUCUUGUAGUCCACGAACUGUAGGUUUAGAUGCAUCAGCAACCGAGUUCUAUCCUGCCAACACUCCUCAGCAAUCCACAUCAACGUACAUUUAUUCAGCCCCUCCUUUUGAGCAGCAAGCUAGUCCGCAGUCACGCAUGCAGCCUGAUCCUUGGGUGGCAGUUGCUGAAGCAAUCAAGCAAGGGCCAUCCUUACCGAAAGUAGAGUUGAUGAAAUUCAGUGGAGACCCUUUGGAGUAUGUGGAGUUCGUUACGAACUUUAGAGACAAUAUUGAGAACCAGGUGUCUGAUGAGUCUCAAAGACUGACACGCCUUUUAGCUCAGUGCUCAGGCAAAGCUAAAGAAGCAAUUAGGAGUUGUGUUAAUUUGACAGUGGGUGAAAGGUACACAGAAGCCUGGAGAACUCUUAGCGAGAACUAG